AUUUUAAUAUUUUAGCUGAAUUUUUAACCUACUGCAGAGAACCACUUGCAUCUCCUACCAAAUAAUUGAAUAUAGGUGGAAGAACAAAAUAUAUAACAGUGUUUGAUAGCCGUCUGUGUACAUUACCAUUUUUCGUUUUUGUUCUCUCAUAGUUCCUAGCAAUUCCGUUCAUGUUUUCUUGAAAUAAUAUUAUUGCUUUAUUCUUGUUCUUAGGUACAACCAAAUGAUAUAUGAUGCACUUUCAAGUUUAAAAGAGCCAAAUGGAUCAGACACAAGCACAAUUGUCAACUUCAUUGAGCAAAGGCAUGAGGUGCCCCAAAACUUCAGAAGGCUGCUGAGUUCUAGGCUGAGGAGGCUUGUUCAACAAGACAAACUUGAAAAGAUUGAGAAUUGCUACAGGAUUAAGAAAGAGGUGUUAGAAAGAACAAAGACAGCUACCCCAAAACAAAAACAUGUUGGGCCAAGACAGUUUCCAAGUAGUACCUAUCUUGGUGAUACUGUUGAAGAAGCAGCAAAGACUGCUGUUUAUAAGGUUGCAGAAGCUGACAAUAAAUCAUUUGUAGCAGCUGAAGCAGCUAAGGAAGAAGCGAGAGUUUCAAAGAUGGCUGAAGACCAAGAUAGUUUACUGCUAUUGGCCAAGGAUAUUUUCGACAGAUGCUCACAAGGCGAAAUUGUGCUAAUGGCAUAAAAGGGUCUUCCCCCUCUUUUGUAAAGUCGGAACCAGCUGUUCAGAACCUCUAAAGUAUGUUAGUAUUCUAUUCGAAUCAAGUAAUUAGUGAUAUGUGGUUUUUUGUUAAUUUAAGUAGUAUUAGUUAAGACCUUUGCACAGGUUCUCUUCUCCUAUUAUGUAUUCAGCGUAGCAAAAGUUGGAGAGGGAUAGAGAGAUUAUUAUAAAGCUUGAGAUUUGAUGCUUGUAAAUCAUGCAGUUCUUUCUAUCUGGCAAAUUGAUAAAGAGUACUCUGCUUUUACAUUCGGAGUAUUGUCACAGUUGUUCUUCUACUGGCGAUAGGUAUUAGAGUUGAAGAUUUUGUCCCGCAAA